AUGCUGACGUCAAAAGGCACCUUUAUCUACCUACGCGUCACUCCCAUCCGAAGCACCAAGGAACCGCUCCUGCCGUCCUACCCUCGCACCUGGGUACAUUCGCCUGCUGCCUGUGCAGCGCAGCGCACCGCCGUCACGAUGCUCCUCCUCCACCAGGUCGGCAGCCUCAAGACGGGCGAGGUCGUCCGCUACACGGUGACAUACACCCCAUCCCAGGAUCGAAUCCUCCCGUCCCCCGAGAAGCUCUACCUACGUGUGCGCAACACUUCGGCCAUUGCCCUUCGCGCCGCCUUCGUCCACGGACCCUACACCCUCUCCGUCGCCGCCUACCCCGCCGACUUCAAUCCCAACGAGAAGUUCGAACACCCCGAGCUCUAUGGAGUCCCCGAAUUUGAACCCAUGGUCAAGGCCGGUGGCUCAUGGGAGUGCGAGCUGCUGGUCCCUGAUAAUAUUCGACAGAGCGCUGGUCUUGGAAGUCAUGGGGGCUUUGGCAAGGGCCCCGCUCACGACGAUGAGUGCGCCAGCUGGGUUAUUGAGGUGUCGUCGCAGGUCCUCUUUUCAACCUCAGCUGCAGUGGGCUUCGAGGUGGUGCUUGCGCGGGACUAUAAGUCCUUAAACCUUAGCAGCUCGAGCCCCGUCGUUAGCGGGCAAACACAAGCAGCGCAGCCAGGGAGGAUUAGCGACCACCAGCAGAGCCCAGGCUCCAAGGAUGGACAUCACCCUGCGCAGCAGCGCGGCAUCUUCUCGCGCGCGAUAAGGGUCAAGGCGGAGGAUACGGCGACUCUAUGGAAUACUCCUAAACUCCCAGAGUGGGAAGAUCAUAAGCAUGAACACUUGCAGAAACACCAAAGUCAAGACAAGCCCGCUGAGGGCGAGAUCAAGACAGGCGAACCGCCUCCAACGAAAAAACCAAAGCAAAAGAAGAUUCACAUGGUGAUUCUGACACACGGCCUGCAUAGCAACCUUGGCGCCGACAUGCUCUUUAUGAAGGAGAGCAUUGACGCAGCUGUCAGGCAAGCCAAGAUCGAUGCCAAGGCACGGCGGGCCCGGGAGCGUGCCGCCAGAGGUCGAAAUGGGGAAGCCGGCGCCGAAUCAGAAUGCGCCGAUACAAAAGACAUGGACAAGACGGAGGGCGACGACGAUUCCGACGACGACGACGAAGAGGUGAUUGUGCGUGGCUACUCGGGCAACGCCACCAAGACUGAACGCGGGAUCAAGUAUCUCGGGAAGAGGCUUGCUAGAUAUGUUCUCUCCAUGACAUACCCAGAUCAACCCUUCCUACCGUCAGGAAAGGGGGCGACCGAUACCAUAGUCCAUACCCUCAAGGGGGACAAGGACGAGUCUGAUUUGAAACCAGCACAUAAACACAGCACAAUCCAGCUCGACAAGGACGGGGCGCACCUUCACAAGGCAGAGAGGCCUUAUAAAAUCACCAGCAUGAGCUUUAUUUCACACUCUCUAGGUGGACUUGUACAAACCUACGCCAUCGCAUACAUACAGAAGCACUCACCUCAAUUCUUCGAUCUCAUCAAGCCCAUCAACUUUAUUGCCCUGGCUACACCGUUUUUAGGACUCAGCAACGAAAACCCCCUGUACGUCAAGUUUGCUCUUGACUUUGGCCUCGUGGGCAGGACGGGGAAGGAUCUCGGCCUGACAUGGCGCGCGCCGACGCUCGCGCGGAGCGGAUGGGGUGCCAUCGUGGGCAACUUGGGAGAGACAGCCCAUAAGAAGGUCUACGGAGAGUCGCAACCCGAGUCGAAGCCCUUGUUGAGGAUUCUGCCGACUGGCCCUGCUCACACGGCGCUGAAGAAGUUCCGCAAUCGGACUGUCUACUCGAAUGUGGUCAACGAUGGCAUCGUGCCCCUUCGCACGAGUUGCCUCUUGUUCUUGGACUGGCAAGGACUCGGACGAGUUGAAAAAGCUCGACGAGAUGCUGGCUUGGUCGAGACGGUUGUUGGAUUCGGAUGGGCUGAGUUGACAGGCUCCAACCUUGCAGUCUCUCGCCAGAGGCAAUUGGCGUUGGGAGAUCGUCAAGCUAACUCGGGCUCAACAACACCCCGUGAAACUCAUGAGAAUAUGCACGAGGUUCCACAACCGCCCAGCACGGCCAUGAUGGAGGAUGACAGAGCGAGUCUACGGUCUGUGCCUCCACCUUUUGACGAUGUCCCGUCCGAUUCGGCCGAUUCGAACAGUAGCGGACCUUUGGCAGGAUUCUUCAACUUCUUCAAGAGCAAUGAACCGCCCAAGACUCCCACCGUAUCUCAGAAACAGAAAAAGAUCUUCCGACGAAGUCAAACAAUCAACUUUGAUGAGCUCGGGGAUACAUCUACUGGCGAAUCAACCCCAACUUCGAACAAGCCAUCGAGAGUGACAUCUGGACACGAGGGCGAGGAAGGCAUGACGGCUCCGCCGAGGACGACCAUCUUUGAGUCUGCUGGGGAUCUCCUCAACCCCAAGAUGCCAGACGUUGAGUAUCUCAUUGAUCCUUCCAAGCGGCCGCGCACCAUCUUCCAUGACCGUGUCUAUCAUCCCUCUGACAUCCCCGGGCCACCACUAAAGAAACGCCCAGCGACGUUGGUUAGGAGAAAGACUGGUCAGCGCUCAAACUCGUCGCGGGCGGGCUCAAUAAGCAGUACCAGCUCAUCCCCUUAUACCUCGAUGAACCACGAGGAUACGAUGCAGUCAGCCAAGGACUAUGACGACACGGCAAACACAAACCCCGACAAGGAACCGCAGGAAAUCAUUGAUACCUCGGCCAUGCGAGUGGAGGAAAAGAUUGCCAGGGCUUACCACAGAGAUCUCUCUUGGAGAAAGGUCCUUGUCAAGGUGGAACCCGACGCGCACAACAAUGUCUUUGUGCGACGCAUGUUUGCCAAUGCAUACGGCUGGCCUGUCGUGAAGCACAUGGUUGACGCGCACUUUAGCGACUCUGCUGCGUCACGCCUCCGCGAUGAAGACGAGAGCAGUCGAGAAAGGGCACGAGACAUGAACCAGCCCCCGGAUGAGCACGGAGGUGAGAUCAAGAACAGCCGAGAUAACCUUGCGGGCAUCACCCGGACUGAGAGUGAGAGCCGGGAGGCCCUCGACGCGGUGCCAGACUUGCCCAAGGCACCACAUUCGCGAGGCAGCGACGCUUCAGCAGCCCAACGACCAUCGCGAUCGGAUCGAGAGGACUCGGCCACAUGGAGCGAGCGAGACUGGGUCGACAGCGAGUGUGAUAGCGAUCUGGACUUUGGAGGAGACCCGCGUGACCUGCCGCCUCCGUCGCCGGUUCAGCAGGACAAGGGCAAGGAGGCGCAGAGGCGGAGCUCAAGCCCACUAUCAGCCGGGUGGAACUGGGCGGAGAAGAUUGUGGGCAAGGGUGCGACAUCACGGGCGAAGAGUCCCGUGCAUGAGAGCGGGCGGAACUGA